UGGGCGGGAGCUGAGCUGAAAAGAGAAAGUGAAAGUUAACAUCAGGAAGAAUGAUAAAGCAGCAAUGACCGAGGUACAAGGAACAUGUUACUGAAAAGAUAUUUUCCUCCAACCAUAUCCUGGAGGUGAUCAACACUCACCACCACAGUUUAGUCCUUCAUAUUAUAAUUGAUAUUACUAAGUAUAAGACCAGCUUUUAGUUACACCAUUUCUUCAAUCAGUGUUGGAAGAACAGGUUCUCUAUAAUGGUGUUGUUAAAAAUAUUAGUGCUGUGUGUCCUCCAUCUCUGUCUUGUGGGGUCUCAGCCCACCUCUAAAAAAACAUCCACUCCUCCUCACCCUGUGGGAGAACGGUCUCCUCUGGGUCCUGAUAAUCUUUCCUUCCCCUGGAGCCGCCUUCGCCUGCCAAGGUACAUUAAUCCUCUUCACUACGACCUACUCCUGCAUCCAAACCUCACCAGUCUCAGUUUCAAUGGAUCAGUGCAGAUCCAGAUUGAUGUCCAGAACAACACAAACUGGGUUGUCUUGCACAGCAAGGGUCUUAACAUCACUAAAGCCACCAUACUGGACCUAAACCUUGCUCACCUGUCUGACCAGGUUCUUCCCGUUCUUUAUAACCCUUCCCAUGAGCAGAUUGGUAUUUUCUCCCCGCGGGUGCUCACUAGUGGGCAAAAGUACUUUCUGUAUCUUGAGUUUGCAGCAAAACUAGCAGAGGGCUUCUAUGGCCUUUAUAAGAGCAGCUACAGAACCAGCACAGGAGAGACAAGAAGUUUAGCUUCGUCUCACUUUGAGCCCACAAGCGCUCGAAUGGCCUUCCCGUGUUUCGAUGAGCCGAGCUUCAAGGCCAAAUUCACGGUUCGGAUAAGAAGAAAUCCAGAGUUCAUCGCUCUGUCCAACAUGCCUGUGGUUGAGACCGUUCAUUUCAGUGACGACCUGCUUGAGGACCACUUUGAUGUGAGCGUUAAGAUGAGCACAUACCUCGUGGCUUUUGUCGUCUGUGACUUCAAAUCCGUCACUGCAACAACAUCUUCUGGGGUGCAGGUUUCCAUUUAUGCUGUCCCAGAGAAGAUUCAGCAAACACACUAUGCCCUGGAGGUUGCUGUCAAAAUGUUAGACUUCUAUGAGGAGUAUUUCAACAUUAACUAUCCUCUACCAAAACAAGAUCUGAUAGCAAUCCCAGACUUUCAGUCAGGUGCUAUGGAGAACUGGGGUUUGACCACCUACAGAGAGACCAGCCUUCUUUUUGAUCCCCUCACAUCCUCUGUUUCUGAUAAACUCUGGGUUACCAUGGUGAUUGGCCAUGAGCUUGCCCAUCAGUGGUUUGGUAACUUGGUGACCAUGGUCUGGUGGAAUGAUAUCUGGCUCAAUGAAGGAUUUGCCCGAUACAUGGAGUUCACUUCAGUGGAGGCCACGUACCCUGACCUUAAAGUAGAGGAAUAUUUACUGCACACCUGUUUUGCAGCAGUUGGUCUUGAUUCGCUGAACUCCUCUCGAGCAAUAUCAAGCCCAGCAGAGGACCCCACUCAGAUCAAAGAGAUGUUUGACACAGUCUCCUAUGAAAAAGGAGCAUGUGUUCUGCACAUGCUGCGACACUUUUUGACAGAGGACGUGUUCCAGAGUGGGAUAGUACGAUACCUCCGCAAAUACAGCUACACAAACGCACACAAUCAGGACCUGUGGGACAGCCUAGCCAAUACCUGCUCAGAGGAGGAUUUCAUCUCAGGGAAACACUGUUACAGCAGCAGCCAGGCCUCAAAGAAUGCAUACCUGUUUGCAGGGGAACACAUGGACCUGACUGCCAUGAUGAACACUUGGACUCUGCAGAAGGGGAUUCCUCUGGUGAGAGUAAAGAGGGCGGGGUCUCGCCUGCUGCUCAGACAGGAAAGGUUCCUGAGGACUGUGCUGCCCUCUGACCCCCUGUGGUCCACAGUGCAGCAGGGUUUUCUUUGGCACAUCCCUUUAACAUACAAGACAGAUGCUUCUAGCACAAUCCACAGACAUCUGAUGACAACCCUCACAGACAGUAUAAAUAUAGGGGAGGAAGUCAGCUGGGUGAAAGUCAACAGUGACAUGACAGGAUAUUAUGUGGUUCAUUAUGAGGACGGCGGUUGGGAUGAGAUGACCAACCUGCUGAGGAAAAACCACACAGCUCUGAGCUACAAAGACAGGACUCAGUUGAUACACAACGCCUUCCAACUGGUGACAGCAGGUCAUCUUACACUGAAUAAAGCCUUAGACCUGAUUGGUUACCUGGGGUUGGAGAACCACACUGUGCCUCUGCUCCAAGGACUGGGCUACCUGGAGUUCUUUUACCGGAUGGUCGAAAAAAUAAACGAACCUGAUCUUACAAGGAACCUCGGGGUGUACAUCCUGAAAUUUUUCCGUGCUGUCAUUGACAAGCAGACGUGGAGCAACAACGGCUCUGUGUCAGAGCGGCGGCUGAGGUCAGAAGUCUUGUCCCUGGCCUGCCACCUGCAUGACCCUCCCUGUGUGGAGCGAGCACGCCAGAGCUUCAAAGACUGGCUCCAGUCCAACGGUACUCUCAACUUGCCCACUGAUGUGGCUGAAACGGUGUAUUCAGUAGGAGCUCAGGGCGACCAUGGCUGGGCUUUACUCCUACACACAUACAACAUCUCCCUCUCUGCAGCUCAGAAAAACACAAUUCUGUAUGCUUUGACCUGCACCACAGACACAAAUAAACUACACAGACUGUUGGAGUUGGGUUUGGAGGGGAAAGUGAUUCGAUCUCAGGACCUGUCCUCUCUUAUUCUGAUGGUGGCCAGGAACCCACAGGGACAUCAUCUCGCCUGGAACUUUGUCAAAAAGAACUGGGACACACUGGUAAAAAGGUUCCAGUUGGGCUCAUCUUGUAUCAGACACAUCCUUGUUGGCACCACAGGCCAGUUCUCAUCUCCAGAAGAACUCACUGAGGUGCAGUUGUUUUUUGAGUCCAUCAAAGAGCAGGCGUCUCAGCUAAGAGCAACCCAGAUUGUCCUGGACAACAUGCAGAAAAAUGUCCGCUGGGUUCAGAGAAACCUGGAGACACUAAGACUCUGGGUUAAUGAGCAAAUGAAGUGAAGACAGCAGAAAUAGAAGUGGGGUUUCAUGGAAGCAGAAGAGGGGCCCUGUCCACGCAAACCAUCUCCCUUCAUCUCCAGAGUACUUACAUGUAUUGUUAAAUACUCCAGACAGCAACUACAUUUUCAUCACGGAAAUAUUCAAGUUAUAUUCUACAUCAUUUGUAGGAUAGGAUUAUUUGUAGGUUGUAAUGAUGAUAUUUGAAAGCUUUUGUUAAAUUUGUAUUUGUGUGAUUAUUUGCAAAAUAUGUGUUCUGAACUGUAGAGUUGUUAGUUUGGCAUCUUUUUUUUCAAGAGAACUUGUUUUUUUGACAACAGAAAUGAAUAAUUGGUAGUACUGUACUGAAUAUGCAGCAGUAGACUUUUUUAUGAGUAGCUGUAUACAUACCAUGGUGUGAUGUUUAUGUGGGUGUGUGUGUGUUUCUGUGUAGGCGUGUGUAUUGGUGUGUGUUUGUGAGAUAGAGACAUUUUUGCUUUAAUAUUGUGCAUUUUUAAUUCUGGAUACAUUUUUGCAGUGAUGCUUUGGCAAAAUUGUUUCUAUGAAACUCUCCUAUCAAUAAUACCUUUUUUAAAUUAAAAUUAAAAUAAAACAAGAAAGAGUUCGAUUCCAAAGUUGAAUCGUGUAAUGGAUGCUUAAUAUACUAAUAAAAGGUGAGUUGCAAAUCACA